AUGACACGGAAGGCCCCGUCGUUGAAUUUCCGGAUUGGCCAGACCGAAGUUCCACCGGCACAAUUCCGCUGGCAUGCCGAUGGAGAGACACUGGUGUGGUUGGAUGUGAUCUUCCACCUAUCAGACCUUCAUCGGAUCAUCUUUGAAGGGAUUGCGGAAGCUCGGCGGAUUUUUGACCAAGAGCUAUGCCUGAGUGGCCGGUCUAGCCCUGCGUGUGAUAUUCCUGGUCUGGACCUCGGACUCCUAGUCGAUAACUGGGAUGCUACCGCGCCGGGUCGGUCAUUCCUGACUGACUCACGGAACGCAUCCUAUUUCGACCCCCUUAAGGACUGGCUGGUCUCUCGGGUAGGCAAGACCCAGGCGUUGUUCCACACGCUCUGGUCGCAGACGGCAGCGGGUACGUGGGAGGUAUGCGCAGACGCCGUGCAACAGUAUGAGGAUGCGGUGCAGCGGUUCCUGCGCGCGCUUAUGGUCCCGUUUUUCCUUUGGUCUGGCCAGCAGGGACGUCGUACGGAGUUUAUUGCGCUCCGGUGGAGAAAUACUACCUGGAUCACGCGGGACCUAUUUCUCCUUGACGGGCAGAUGCUAUUUAUCCUCAGUUACCACAAGACCCGAAACCAAAAUAAUGCAUCUCGAUGGCCGGUUCGUUUCCUUCUCCCGCAGGUCGCUAAGCUCGUUACCCAGUACCUCGCUCUCGUUCAGCCAUUCCGAACGUUCCUCCAGCACGAGACACUAGGGUCUCGGCGCAUCUCUGACUACCUAUGGUCCCGGGGCCCUGAUCUGUUGGGAGCGGAUGGGAUGACUCGGGUCAUUGUUGAUGCAGGGAAACUCACAUUGGGGAAGCAUAUCCAUGUCCAGAGCUGGCGACAAAUCACGGUGGGUAUCGCACGACGGAAGUUCGCGAGGGCCGAGGCGAAUCUACUGAUCGAGGAUGGUGGAGAUGACGAGGAGGCAGAUCCUGCGCUCGGUAGUAUGUCGGACGGGCUCCACUGGCAGGCCGGCCAUCCCCCCUAUACCGGUAACCGUGUCUAUGGAGGAACGGUGAACUUUCGGGCCGGGUUAACGGGCACUGGACUCCAAGAGUUCCGACACGUUAGUCAGCUCUGGCACCGAUUCUUGCGCGAUCCGGUCCAUUUCCAGCCUGCACCAACCCAGCCACAUCAGGCAGUCGUACCCCGAACGCCGUGGGUCUGGGGAGAAUGGGAUCAGACUCCAGGUAGUCGUCCUAGCAUCACUCGGAACGAGGCGGCCAGUGGUAGGAGUGUGCCCGGCAGUAGUUCGAUUCGAGCAUCUAUUACUCCGAGUAAGCAACGCCGGGAUGAGGAGCUAGAGAGCCCGAUUGUACGGCGCAUCGCGCGACGGGAGGCGCCUGCUCGGACACGGCGGUGA